UGCGUGUCCCUGCUCUGCCGCCCCGUGUGCAGACCCGCAUGCUGCGUGCCCGCCUCCCCCUGCUGUGCCCCCGCCUCCUCCUGCCAGCCCAGCCCCUGCUCCUCAUCCUGCUGCACCCCUGUCUGCUGCAAGCCCGUCUGCUGCAAGCCCGUGUGCUGCACCCCUGUCUGCUGCACCCCUGUCUGCUCGGGGGCCUCCCCCUGCUCUUCCCCUCCNUGCUGCACCCCUCUCUGCUGCACCCCUGUCUGCUGCAAGCCCGUGUGCUGCACCCCUGUCUGCUGCACCCCUGUCUGCUCGGGGGCCUCCCCCUGCUCUGUCCCCUCCUGCUGCCAGCCCAGCCCCUGCUCCUCGUCCUGCUGCACGCCCUCUUCCUGCGUGUCCCUGCUCUGCCGCCCCGUGUGCAGACCCGCAUGCUGCGUGCCUGUCUCCUCCUGCUGUGCCCCCGCCUCCUCCUGCCAGCCCAGCUGCUGCCGCCGGGCCUCCUGCGUGUCCCUGCUCUGCCACCCCGUGUGCUCCCGCCAGGCCUGGCGCGUCCCCGCCUCGGCCCAGAAGUCCUGCUGCUGA